GGAAGCGCCGGACUUAUUAAACGGCCUCAGGAGCAGCGAAACGACAGAUAAAUAAGUAAACCGAGAGUCCACCGUACACCCUCAUCUUAUAUUACUUACACCCAUCCUAUAUCUAUAUUUUGACACGCUUCUCGCCCCAUAAGACUCAACUACUACUUCCUGUCUUGUGCUGUUUGUUUACUUUCUUCUUUCUUCUUUCUUCUCUCUCACUCUAGAUCAAUACAUAAAUAGAUAUUUUCUGGCUGAUUCAAUUGCUUCUUCAAUUAGCAUCUAAUUCUACUUUUUCUUACAUCCGAUCGGUUGACGAAACAUUGUUCUCUGUCAUUUUCACAUUCUGUUCUUCACUUGAUGAGCAAAUUUGUUGUAAAACAAUGGUCCUCGACAGCAAAAUAACUUCUCCUCAUCGAAGGCAGAAUUCUUUUAACUCUCCAUCUUUUAGGAAGCCAUACACACGAGGGGAUGAAUUAGGCAGCUUCUCAACACUUAUUAACCGGCACCGCUUCCUCCUAGUAGCUCUUGUCUUGCUGACCUUUCUCUGUACUAUUUAUCUCUACUUUGCAGUAACAUUUGGGUCCAAUGAUUCAUGCUCCAGCCUGAGUGGUACUCAAAAGUCAUUGUGUCAUCUGAAGCAGGCUAAAGAAUCCAUCUCAAAAGGAAAAUUAAAGUUUUUCUAGUAGCAACCAGCUGUUCUGAUUAUGUUGAUCUUGUCAACCAGCUGUUCUGAUCAUGCAUACAUGAACAAUGGAUAAAUGUUGUUAUAAGAAAUAUAUGUAACUACUUUUGAUUAAUUUUUAUUCUCAUUCUGAAGUUAGUUUGGUGAGAUUAAAUAUUUUCCUUUGAGAGGAUGAUAAUGUAUUAUUUCACCACAAUUUUAUUGCUUCACCUUACAAUUUUUUUACAA